AAUGCAAAUCGCAGCACCAAGCAAAUCCAUUUGAGAUAUGGCGACUUUAGCACCAGCAUUGUCAUCCCCCUUUCUCUGUGCCUUUCACAACCCGACCCGUCUCCAUACUCACAAACGGGUCGCCUUCAAUAUCCGGGCCGCCAAGCUCCCCGACGGGGUGAUACUGCCGAAAGAGCAGCCAAAAUUUCAAGCCCCAUUUCUGGGGUUCACGAGAACAGCUGAGGUUUGGAAUUCUAGAGCUUGUAUGAUUGGCCUAAUUGGGACUUUCAUCCUUGAAUUGAUUCUGAAUAAGGGACUACUACAGAUUAUUGGGGUGGAGGUUGGAAAAGGUCUUGAUCUUCCUCUUUGAACACUUUCAGCCAUCAACACCAGCAACGAGAUUGACUCUGUAUUUGCUUUUGCUGUUGUUAACAUUUACUUAUCAAUUCAUUUUGUUGUAAUGAGGUUUAUUACUACUACUAUUCAUAAUAUUGAUUAUGUGUAAUUAAAUAUAAUUUCUUUCUAA